AUGGAUGCGAUUCCUACUUACGAUGAAAUAAAGGCUGUUGUUUAUGACCUUGAUGCUGAUAGUUCUCCAGGACCUGAUGGUUUCUCUAGAUGUUUUUAUAGACAUUGUUGGGACGUGAUUCAACAAGACUUAUACAAUGCUAUUAUUUAUUGUUGGCAACAACAAAGGAUUCCUAAUGGGAUCCUAGCUACAAGACUUGGAAGUGUUCUUGAUAAGAUGGUUUCAGAGGAGCAAGUUUGUUUUAUGAAGGUUAGAAAUAUUCAUGAGAACAUCAGUGUGGCGUCGAAGAUGGUGAAUGAUCUGAAAACUAAGCGGAAAGAUGGCAAUGUGGGCCUAAAGCUAGACAUUACUCAAGCUUUUGACACAGUUAGUUGGUCUUUUGUUUUAGAGGUGUUUCAAAGUUCAGCCCGUAUUUCUAUCCUCCUCAAUGGUAGUCCAGAAGGUUUUUUCAAGAUUAAUAGAGGCCCGCGUCAAGGUAACUUGAAGAGUUUGCAUAAUCUUCUUACGUUGCUUGGUAAAUAUCAAUCGGCCUCGGGUCAAACAGUAUGUCGUCUAAAAAACAAGGUUUUUUAUGGAGGUGGAACCUUUAGUCGUUGUAGAACUAUCCCGGAUAGAUAUUUAGGUGUUCAAAUUAUGCCUGGAGCUGUUAAAUAUCGUCAUAUAAGUAAUGUUAUUGAUAAAAUCAAGAAGCAACUUUCAGUUUGGAAAGGAAAAAUGCUUUCUUUUCAAGACAAUGUGGUUCUUAUUAACUCUGUGAUUGCUAGCUAUGUCAUUCACAAUAUGGUUGUUUACAAAUGGCCAAGGAAGUUCAUUAUGCAAUGUGAGCGGGUUAUACGCAAUUUUCUUUGGUCCGGGGAUUCAGAAGUUGCGAGGAAGUUUGUGGUUGGUUUUGAUAAAGUUUGCAGCCCUGUGAAGGAAGGUGAUUUGAGUAUUACAAGUAUGGCAGUUACAAAUAGGGCUCUUCUCAUGAAAUAA